AUGCUGCAGACUCCUAGAAAAUCUGGCCGACCUCGCAAAUAUGCCACAAAGGCAGGGAAAGCAAGACGAGAUGUCAUUGCAAGGCGUGAGCGAAGACGGCUUCAAAAGUCCUCUGCAGCACAACCAGGGCGUCAAUUUGUCAUGUACGCAGCUCCGCAAACUCAGAAAACGACUCUGUCUCCAUCCGUAGACCAGUCACGACCGCUGUCCCUCGACCGCCUAACUUGCCUCGCGGAUGCCGCUGGCACAUUGGCCCUAUUUACGGCAGCGCCGCACAGAUUCUCAGGUUCCGCUAGAAUCGCAAGCGAAAACAAGGCCACGAGCGUCGCACCAUGGCUAGGAAGCAUCAAUGUCCUCGGGCCAAAUGUAUUUGCCUCAUACGUAUCCCCCUAUGCCCCAAGAUCGCCGUCAAACCAAGAAUCGCCAAACAUCGAGUCUGGGAUAGAGGCACUGUGCCCGUUGGAAGUACCGCCGGAAGGGCAACAGCACAACGCAUCCGCAUCGUCUUCAAACGAGCCAGUACAAUGCGGCGAUAACCUCACUGCGACCCAAGAAGAUGAUAACGAGGACGACAACAUCGAGAUAAUCUCUAGUUCUGGAUCCCAGGUGGGACGUGCCGCCACGGUAGGGGUAGGGGCCGUCCACUACGAUGAUGAUAACACAAUGGAGACGGUUCACACCACCCCAAGCGACCUGAUAGAUAAAUCGGGGGACCUAAAUACGGCCGGACUUAGUACCGACCGUAGCGCUGGAGAGAAUCCCGACGACGAUGGAACUAAAAUUAAUGCGCAAGGCGCCAGCGAAGGAGGUAAUUUUGACGUUGAGUUCGCACCAGAAGAGGACUUUAGAACUGAGACGGAAUCAGCGUCGGGCUCGGACGUCAGUUGCCAAUACGGCUGUGCAACCGAAGACGAUCAAGCCGACACGGUUGAAGGGAAUCCCUUGCUAGCAAAAGCGUUUUUGGAGAGCACUUGGAGUCGCCUCUGUGACUGCGAGCAUGAGCAACAUCAGAGACCACAGGACCCAGAGGUACUUAGCCUCAAAGAGAUGGCCCGUUACUGGCAGGAUCUCGGCGUACCAGACGCAGUUGGUCCGCUACGAGUAGGGCGAAGAGGGCCAGAGCAGGGUCAUAGUACGCAUUUGGAAUGGUGUCAGAUAUUAAGCGGUGGAGAGAGACGGCCAUGCUUAUGUUUUAAGAAGAGCCAACACGCUAACCCUCGCUUGCAGCGAACAUGGGACGUGGAUAGCAUUAUCUGCUAUUCGUCAUGUCUUUCCAUCAAUCGAGGGCUUUACGUCUCGUACUUUCCUCAGGUAUCAAGAAACAUUCAUUCUAGUGUUCAUGUGCACUGUCACGGGAAGCCUCUACACACGAUUCCCCACCUUAGGCUGGGCAGCGGCCGCCAAUCGCCCCAAUUUGGUGUAUAUAUUUUCUUUCCGGGGAUAACACACGUCAAUCGAACAACUUCAUAUCUCACCAACGAUGAGCGUCGCUUGUGGAUCGAUGAACUUCUCUUGCCAGCAAUCCGGUCCUUAUGCCCGCCCGAUGUGAUACAGCACCAUCCUCGAUCUUAUAACGACGCCGAGAGUAAGGCUCACAGUCGACGCCGAGAGGCAUGUUCAGGUGCAAUGCGACACGAUAUUGAUAUGCAUCAUUACUUACCACAGAAAUAUCUAGAGCCUAUUUGGAGACACAUUAUGGCAGCAAGCGGGUCCACGAGUCCUAAUCUUGCUAUGUUCCGCGACAUGUUUAUUGUCCUAAGUGCAAAGAACAUCAAAUUGGAAGCAAGAGCAUCGACAUUUCAAGGAUGCCGAAACAAAACCAUAGCUCACCUUCGUAAAGUUUUGGACUGGUCCAAAGCCGAUCUGCUAAAUACGUGGAUAGAUGUGGGCCUCGAAGAUACAGCCGUUUCUGCUGGCGAAACAUUGAUUUGGAAGAGCCGAUGUUUGCAAUCUUGGAUUAGCUCUAUAAAGCAUGACGUUGGGUCACCACGAAUAGCGUCAGAGGCUUUCAACUGGAACCUAACCGACCAGGCUGGCAGCGCUAGAGUCGAGACACGCGCAUCUCACCCAUUGCGGGCGGGAGGUAUCGCCUAUGCACAACGUUACAAUGUCAACAAGGACCUCUUCGCCACAGUUGCAAAACGCGACCAUGACCUGUUUAGUGAACCCUAUCUCGAGGGGAUGGUAUGCCCACCUUCACUGCUAGAUGCAUGGAUUGUAGCUGCAAGGCAAGAUCGCAAUGCAGGAGCGGCUACCACAGCUCGAUCAAAGCCGCAAAUAAAACGCCUUUGA